AGUCACAACUAGUUACAAUACAAUAGAAGGCGGGAUUUACAAAAGAGCGCAAAAUCGAUAUCUUAAAUUACAAAGUCCGUUUUUAUAAGAUUAUUUUUUAUUAUAAAUCUAUUAACCAUAUCAAAUUUUUAUUCAUUUUCUAAUGAAGAAAGGCGAAGUAUCGUUACGCUUAAUUCGAAGUAGGUCUGCGAGAAGACUAUAAUCGCUCGAAAACUAAAUUCGAUGGGUUAGAAAAAAUUCUCACUGCUUCUUUAAAAAAGAAGUUUUAUGAAAAGAAGGCGAUAUCUGAAUUAGAAUAUUCAUAAAAAGGUUACCACCUUUUCGCAUUUAUACAGUAGUCGAUACUAAAUCCAGCAAAGAAGCUGUACGAAAAUGGAAAUUAAGGGUACAAAUGCCGAUAAUCCUCCACAAAAGUUCGAAACUGAAAUGAAACAUCUAAUCGACGAAGGGAUAGAAGAAAAUGGCGGAGUUAGUGAGAAUACAGAAUCUCUUCGUAGUAUAUUCUCACAAGUAUUUUUUCCGUUUUUGAUCGCUGGUUUAGGAACUGUCGCUGCAGGUUUAAUUCUGGAUAUUAUUCAGUACUGGAGUGUCUUCAAAAAUUUACCGGAAAUGUUUAUUCUUGUUCCGUCUUUGUUGGGUCUAAAAGGAAAUUUGGAAAUGACUUUGGCUUCCAGACUGUCUACUCAAGCAAAUCUCGGUAAUCUGGAUCAAACUAAAGAACAAUAUCAAAUUGCUAAAGGAAAUCUUGCCCUCGUUCAGUGCCAAGCUACUGUUGUAGGAUUUUUAGCAUCGUUAUUUGCGAUAUUAGUCGAUUAUAUCGAAGAAGGUACAUUUAGUAUAAAUCACGCAUUUUUGAUAUGUGCUAGCAGUUUGCUUACUGCCUCCAUAGCAAGUUUCCUCUUAGGUUGCGUAACAAUAGGAGUAGUUAUCAUCUCUAGAAAGUGCCUAAUUAAUCCCGAUAACGUUGCAGCACCAGUUGCAGCUUCAUUAGGUGAUGUUGUAACUUUAACUCUUCUUUCAGUUUGUAGCCAGUCUUUAUAUUCACUAGAUGACAACAUUAAACAAUGGAUUCAAAUUCCAAUAAUUGUAAUUUUAAUCUCUCUGGUACCUUUAUGGUGGUUGAUCGCUUACAAAAACGAAUAUACCAGAAUUAUUCUCUAUACUGGUUGGGUCCCCGUAAUAACUGCUGUAGUAAUUGCUAGUGCGGGAGGUUAUAUCUUGGAUACCACUGUUUCUCAAUACAAAGAAAUUGCUGUUUUCCAACCGGUUAUCAAUGGUGUAGGAGGUAAUCUGGUAGCUGUUCAAGCCAGUCGUAUAUCUACUUCUCUCCAUCAAAGAACAAAACUUGGCAUACUGCCGACAGGUGAUACAAAACGUUGCAUCGAUCCCUUCUCUGCAUUUUUUGGAAAGAAUCCUCACGUACGGACCGCAAAUCUGCUUCUUUUUAUGGUAAUUCCUGGACAAUAUUUCUUCCUGAUGAUCAUUCAUGUUCUGAAGUACGAUUCACCGGACGUUCCUCCUCUAUUUUAUGUACUCUAUCCGGUAGCCGCUCUAAUUCAGGUAGCAAUUCUUUUGUAUUCGGCAUAUUGCAUGAUUCUUUGGAUGUGGAAAUGGAGCAUCGAUCCUGAUAAUUCCUCUAUUCCCUAUUUAACUGCCUUAGGAGAUUUGUUAGGAACCGCUUUAUUGGCUAUUGUUUUUUAUGUUUUAUAUUCGUCGAAAAAUUAUACUCCUGCCUGAUAUUUAUUUAUUUUUUUAAAAUAUUUUAUGUCCUCUGUACAGACAA